UCGGAACCUACUUUUCAGCAAAUGCCUGAGGAAGAUGCUUUCGCCACCUUUGUGAAGCUGAUGGUGGAUUAUCGUCUCCGGGAAAUGUUCAAGCCGUCCAUGUCCGAGCUCGGCCUUUGCAUGUAUCAGCUCGAGUGCAUCGUUCAGGAAUUACUUCCGGAGAUACACACGCAUUUCCAGUCGCAGAGCUUUCACACCUCGAUGUACGCCUCGUCUUGGUUCCUGACGCUUUUUGCGACAGCAUUUCCAUUGCCUAUGGCUUGUCGAAUAUUCGACGUUUUCCUCAUGGAAGGCAUCGAGACGAUAUUUCGCGUGGCGAUCGCCAUUCUUCAGCAUUCCCGCGAAUCGUUGCUUCAGCUCGACAUGGAAGGCAUGCUUAAGUACUUUCAAAAGGAAAUGCCCGGCCUGUUUGAAGCUGACCCGGAUUCACUGAUGCAUCUCGCGUGCCAGGUGCAAUACAAUCGAAAGAAGAUGAAGAAACUGGAGAAGGAUUACACUGUAAUGAAGACGAAAGAACAAGAAGACCAGGUCGAACUUCGGCGAUUGCGACAAGAAAAUCGACUGUUGAGACAGCGAGCGGACCAGCUGGAAAAGGAGUCCAGCGAAUUGGCAGAAAAGUUGCUGCAGGGUCAAGUUCGACGUGCUCAGGAAGAAGAGAGCACAUUUGAGAUUCAGAGGGAGUUGGAAGCCAUGAAGGCCCGAGAUCGGGACUCACAGAAGAAACUGGAAGAGUCCAAGGACCGGAUCCGAAAACUCAGUCAGAUGAUGGAAGACAGUUCGUCAUCAGUCGAGUCGUCACUUCAAGAAGCAUCGCUCAAAACUGAACUGUUGCAGCAGAAGGAGGAGCUUAUUCAGUGCCUUCAGCAAGAACUCGUCAAAGUCCGCCUGCGGGAAGCCGAGAAUGAAGUUACUAUCCGAGAUCUCCGCACACGGGUUCAGGAGUUGGAGGAGGCAAGUUUGGACAAGAAACAACUUCGAGAAUCAACUCCGGAUCAUUCGGUGGCGAACAUGCAAGAAGAGCUGAUUGCUGUCAAGCUCCGGGAAGGCGAACAAAAGCACGAGAACACGGUGCUUCGUCAGCGUCUCGCAGACCUGCGCCAAGAAUUCGAGAAAUUCGUACAAGACUCCCAAGCGCAUCGGGCCAAGAAUGGCACGGGAUCAGAGCAGAGCACCCCGGCAAAGAAAAUCGUGGGUUCUCUCUUUGGCGACGGCUCAGCUGCGAGAAACGAGCUGCGGAACCUGGAGGAAGAACUCCUGGCUCACAGAAUCCAGGAAACCGAAUCCGAGGCGGAAGCUGCUUUCCUCAAGCAGCGCAUCAUGGAGCUUGAAGCACAGACUCAGGUGUCUUGCAAUCAAGUGCGUCGGGCUGAGGAUGAGCUGGACAAGCACAAGGACGAGCUUUAUGAAGCCCAGACUCGCGUCCGGACUCUGGAGGGUCAAGUGAAAGACCAGGAGCGGAAGUACGCUGAUCUUGAAAGCAAGAUGAAAGAAGAGCUGAUGAUGGUGAGAAUACGUGAUGCAGAGAAAUCGCAAUGCGUCGCCGAACUCACUCACAAGAUCUCUUCAUUGGAAUUCAAGAAUCAAGAACUGGUUGUGGAGGGUGAAAUUUCCCGAGGGUCAAGGAAGCACAUUGGGGGAACCUGUGAUGCGCUGACGGAAUUGAGCAAAGAGAAUCAAGAACUGGUUGUGGAGGGUGAAAUUUCCCGAGGGUCAAGGAAGCACAUUGGGGGAACCUGUGAUGCGCUGACGGAAUUGAGCAAAGAGGGCUCGUGUAAGGAAUCGAAGCGGAGCUUAAGCAGCUUGUCCGAGGAUGACGCGGAGGACUUGCGACUGAAGGUGGCUGACGGGUAUCUGGACGACGGCGACGUGUCAGUGAAAAGCCCGGCUUUCCGUUCCUCGUCAGUGUCAUCGACGUCAUCAAAUGCGUCAUCUUCGUCAUCUGCGGAUGGGCUAAAUUAAGUUACUGCCAUCUGAUGGCAGUCGUGGCGAUUCUGGAUGUUCAGCUUUUCUUUUUUUUGUUGUUGAAUGUAUGUGUUUGCGUGUGUGGUAUUUCUGGCACACCAACGCACGCAGAGAGGGGCAAGUCGGAUUGGAGACAGCAGGCGAGGCUUUAAAGAGAUAUUAAAUGUGAGGCAGUCGUAAUUUUUUGAUGAAAUUUGGGUGUGGAAGAGAUCUCCACCCAGAAAAAAUGUUUUCCUGGUUUUUUUUUUUCGUGGGAAGAAGUUGCGUAGGAAAUGUUAUAUUUUCAAUGCAGGCAGUUGAAUCAGAUUUUAUCUAGUUGUUUCAAGCUUGACAGGAGCAAAAAUAUUUUAGAAGAACAAUGCUGUGAUCCGUUAUUCAAUCUGAAGAAUAGGAAAUCAGCUGAUCAUUGUCCAGAAGAAAAAAAGUCACCGAGAUUUGUUUCCCCUUGGAUCAGAAAGGCUUGUUUAGAAAAUGAUAAUUGUCGUUACCUAACUCAAAAUACCAAAGCAGAAGUUUAGGGAUAUUUUUGGAGUCACCGGGUUCCUUCCAUUUUCUUUUUAUUUCUUUUUUUUUGCAUCCGCUUGGACGAUGUGAAAAUGUGUGAAGUCGUUUUUACAUUAUGACUGCGCGUAAUUAUUCGUGAAGUUGUGUUUUUUUUUAUUCAAGCUCUCUUUGUUUUUCUGUCUUGCGAGAUUGUGUCUUCCACUGAUGAGUAUUCGAAGUAAGAAGGAAGAGGAUGAAAACCCCUCUUAGGAUGAUCACCGCACAUUCCGAGAAUAUUCUGAGAUGAUCUUUGCGUUGCGAAAUGCUUUCUUUUUCUCAAACUGUUGUGUUUUGUUGUGAAUCAGUUAAGCUUUGUUUUCGUUCUUGUGCAAAUGCUGCGAGCGGAAGGACGUUCUUCAAAUUCCCAAGUGUGUUUUUUUCCUGGACUGAAAUGUCAAUUGAAAUUAGAUGAGAUCCCUAAGUUUUUACCGAGAAAUCGCUGUCGGGGGGGGAAGGAGAGUGCCGGUUAUAUUUUAAAUAGCAAAUCGGUGAAAGAAGAAGAGAUACCGGUCGAUUUUUCCGUUGAAAACUUUGCCGUAGACCUCACAUGUGAUGCAUUCGAUUUCUUUUUUUUUUUUGAUUUUGAGAGGGUCUGUAUUUUCUCUUGCGACUUGGGUUUGGAAGAAGUGAGGGUGAACGACGCGGAUUUUUGUGAGGCGUGGGUCUAUGGAAGCAUACCUGAGAACUUUGAUGGUUAAUGAAAGGGGCAAGAAAGAUUCACUCCAGUCUGCGCGCGUUUGCUGGAGAGCAAACAGCGAGAUGCCGAGUGGAUACAAUUUUUUGAAGACAUGUGUUACGAUGCAAUAAGCAAGCCAUCAGUCAACAGCCCCAUUUUCUUUUGACCAACUUUGCAAUUGAUCGUCUGAAAAAGCGUCCCGAUCCUCUCAUCCCAGCUUCACGUUGCUGAUCGGGAGAGAUGCUGAAUUGUUUGAGCAAUUCAAAUUGGAAUAAACUUUGCUGAAUCAUG